AUGGAUAGGAUACUAUUUCACGGUUAUGAUGUUUUUAAACAUAAUUCCUUGACUUACUCACGCCAGCGCCACGUUGUGGCAAUUUCGAAGGCGGUCACGAAGCACCACCUGUUUUUCUUUGAGCCUGUGCUCCCUAAGCUUUCGCACGUUGAAGAAGCCGCCGACGUGCGUACCAGAAAGCGAAAGCAGUACGCCGUGGAAAUCGGCAAGACGGACGAACGGCCCAGCAAGAAGGUCAAGGUUCAUCUGGGCCCUCCCCAUUUCGAACCGGUGUUGCCCAAACUGUGGCCGACGGGAAUUCCUCCCGCCCACCCUCCCAGAGCCCAAAAGCGGGCCAAUGACGUGGCUGCUGUCUGCUCUCCUUCGGUCUGCCCGCAAAAGCACCAGCGGGCAGCCGAAAACGAUAAACCCGUUCAAGUUCCCGCGGCCAAAAAGCAAAAGUUGGUCGCGGGUAAGCCCACCGUCGUCGUCCGUCCUCCUCCGUCGGCCUGCCCGAAGAAACGUCAAUGGGCAGCCGACGAUGACCAGGCUCCAUUUGAGGAGCGACCAUCAAAGAAGGCAAAGACCCUCAAUAAGGGCAAGUCGGUCGCCGUUCCCUUGGCACGCGUUGUCAAAGCUGAGCCUCUGUGGCUCCUUCAGUUAAGAUUGGUGGCGCCAAUCAAGGAGCCACAGAGGCUGGUCCCUUCGUCCAUGAAGGGGCCAAAUAUGUGCAUCCCGGGAACAACUUUUGUUCCCGUCGUCACCGCCACCCCCCUUGACUGGCGUCCCGUCACCCAGUGAAUUGCAAGCUUCGACCGGCUGGGUGUGCAAAGUGGCGCCUUCGGGUGUCGCUUUGGCUGGAGAGUAGCCCUUUGUGGUUUGCUUUUCCAGUUCGUGGUUCAAGUCACCUCUGCCAGUGAAGGCUUCGCUAGCGAUAGCUCCCACAUGAUCCGAGGUUGCUUCGUACUGUCUCUGCUCGCCGCUGUUCUUUCUCCUCCAAAGUCAUCCAGUGAGCCUUGGAACUCGCAAACCCUUUCAGUGGAACCUUUUCUUUUUGGCCCCCCCCCCUUUUUCUUUC